CAAAAUCACUUUAAUUACAUUGAUAGGUGCUGUUAGAUUAUCUGUCCUAGUGCCAAUUCCGUUUGGUAAGGUUUGAUUUCUCUUGUUUUUAGAUAUUUGGUGAGACAUGUUCAAUUUAGUUUCAUGCUUGUUUGAGUUGGCUAGAUAACAAUUAAAAACAAUGUCACUUGAAGUUUUUUGGUUAUUUUAAAGUUUUAGUGAGUCUCAUAAAAGAGUUCCAUAGCAGAGGGAGUUAAUAAGUUUGAUUUUCAUUAAUAUAAUCUAAUUAAAUAGGGGUUUAAUUAAAUAAAAUCCACACACGCGAUUAACACUGAAAAUCUCUUAUCUUGGUUGUCAGCACGCAAUUGCCCGCAGCUGAAAUAUAAAGGAUUCUCAGUGUUUCUUUCCUCUACACCGCAAUAUACUUACACCAAUUCAGUUUACCUUCAACGUUAGCCAGAAAACAUGUUACUAACGCCUAGUUUUUGGGAAAAACAUAAAGACAACAUUUACAUAUUUGGUCAUAUUUAUGCCACACUCUACGGUUUGGUGGUCAUUAAUUAUAUACCAAAAAUAUCUACCAAGUCUCUAAAACACUAUGUUGCCGUAAUUUACAGUCACAUCUUAAGCUUCUUUAUAAUUGUUAUAUUACCAAUUUAUUUUGCCUACAAUCUAAAUAAUUUAGUUGAGACCAAAGAUCGUCGUUGGCAGCUCCAGUUACUGGUUAAUUUCUCCAAUACUCUUAUAAAAUAUUGCACAAUUAUUGUUACAUAUAUAGCGAAUUUUGUCCAUUACAAAGCUAUACGUUGCGUAACGAAACGCCGCCAACGUUUGGAGGAUGAAUUCAAUGAGUGCUAUAGUGGUGCAGAAAUGCCGCGUAAACGUUUUGAAUUUAUGCUGCUCUUUAAAUUUGGUCUAAUUAAUGCCAUGAUGGCCGUACAAAUAGCACAAAUAUUAUAUCAAUAUUAUAUGGGUGCACAUCCAGUGCGUGUUUAUUUCCAAAUUUAUACCUUUAUACUGUGGAAUUAUACGGAAAAUAUGGCAGAUUACUUUUAUUUUAUCAAUUGUUCUGCCUUAAAAUUUAUACGCCAAUUACAGCAGCAGGUACAAGGCAUUUUAAGAGAAAAUAAAUUGUAUUAUUAUUUUAAAUUGCGUGGACAACGCCGUGGAACUCUUAAUCAUUUGUGCGGUUUACUAAGUGAUCGUUUGGAAUUUCUUUCUUUGAAAUAUCUGGACAUUUAUCAUUUAUAUGAGGACAGCGUUAAAAUGCAUCAGUUUCAAAUGUUGGGUUUAAUAUUAAACACCUUAAUUAGUAAUCUAACUAACUUGUUUACGUUAUUCAAUUUGCUAUUCAAGCACUCGUCUAUGGCCGAUAAAAUACCCGAUAUUGUGUUAAAUUUUAUAUUUGCCAUUAUAUUUUAUAUUGAUACGUAUAUUGUAACGUUAAUUAGUGAUAGAAUUAUUGUGGAAAUUAAACGUACACAAGGUAUAAUGAGACAAUUCUCGCAGUUACCCAUGUUGGAUAAACGAUUAGAUGAGACGAGUGAAAAGUUAUCCUUGUUAUUAUUAACAUACGAAGGUCGUUUUCGUAUUUGUGGUUUAUUUUAUUUGGAUCGCCAUUUAACAUAUUUAACAGCAGCCACUGGUUUUUCAUAUUUUAUAACACUUGUACAAUUCGAUAUAAAUUGGAGUAAUUUAAAAUAAAGGCUUAUAAACGUUUAUUUAUUAUCAUA